AUGGUCAAGGCAUACAAGGAGGCGGAAUGUCCAGGAGAUACUUUGCCGUUCCUCGUCAAUAGGUUGCAGUUCAAGUACCAAGCACAGCUCCCAGGCUCAUCAGAAGGCACCUACCACUUUCGCAUCCACCACACACCCCGUCCCCAUGCGUAUCGCAUUCUCCGUGUCCGCGCCGGUCUGCCACAGGAUGCGUUGAGAUUCGGCGUCGACCCUUCCACCAGGCCUCCGCUCGUCUACAGUUGCACGAUAACUUUCCAACCUUUUAGCAGCAUCCUUGACUGGGAUUUAACCCCUGUCGUUAAGCCCAAUAACAACUGUGUUGACAGUGUUCCUCAAAAGGUUGACACCGACAGCACCACUAUCUGCCGAGAGACAAGCCUCAACGUCUCUUCGUCGAAGGAGCUCAAUCACGGCUCAGAUUCCCCAGCCGCUCAGCCCAGCCCUAUCAAGGUUGACAGUGUUCCCCCUAAAGCCAAUGUCAACAGCACCAUUGCAGGCCCAGAGGAAAGUGCCGACGUCUUUUCCUGUGUCUCAAUCUCAGACCAAGUGGACAAAGAUGGAGAGACAAAGCUCAACAUCCAUACUGCCAAAACCUCGCCUACACUGCCAUUAAUCCCCUACGAACCCGCCCCCGUAGCCUUUGGUCGCAUCAUCUGGGACUACUCCUAG